GCUUGACACACAACAGUUUCUUUUCUCUUUCUCUCUCUCUCUCUCUGUCUGGCUCUCGGACAAAGCUGUGUGUUUAUUUAGGAGAUUAUUUGUGGGGGACAAAGGGUACCUGAGAGACCCUUUUUCUAUCGUUUUUUUCGGAGAGUUUCGGACGAUUAGUCCAGGAGCAAGACGCAAUGGCGUCGCUCCUGAUGCGUUUGUUCCGUGUAGGUGCAGAGAAGAAGAAGAUUCAACAAUAUGAGCACCUGCGCAGGGAUGUGGACCCCCGUCAGAGCUGGGCCACACUGGGAGAACUCGGGGAUGGAGCGUUUGGGAAAGUCUAUAAGGUUCAGAACAAUGAAAGCAAUGUGUUAGCAGCAGCCAAAGUUAUAGUUGUUCACAGUGAGGAUCAGCUGCAGGACUACAUCACUGAAAUCAACAUCCUGGCGACUUGUCGGCAUAGCAACAUCAUCUCUCUUCUGGAUGCCAUCUACAACGAAGGAUGGCUAUGGAUAAUCAUUGAGUUUUGUCCUGGUGGAGCACUGGAUGACAUCAUGUUGGAGCUGGAGCAUGGCCUCUCAGAGCAGCAGAUCAGUGAGGUGUGUUUUCAGACAUUGCAGGCUCUGUGUUACCUGCAUCAGCAUCACAUCAUCCACCGAGACCUAAAGGCAGGAAACAUUCUGCUCACAAUGGAGGGCCACAUCAAGCUUGCUGACUUUGGGGUGUCAGCAAAAAACAACAACACACUCCAGAAACGAUCGACUUUCAUUGGGACGCCAUACUGGAUGGCGCCAGAGGUGAUUAUGUGUGAGACAUCAAAAGAAAAUGCAUACUCAUGUAAAUCUGACAUCUGGUCUCUGGGCAUCACACUGAUUGAGGCAGCUGAGAUGGAGCCUCCACACCACACCUUGAACCCCAUGAGAGUGCUGCUGAAGAUCACCAAGUCUCCUCCACCCACACUGGUCAACACCCGAAUAUGGUCAAACCAUUUUCAAGAUUUCCUGAAGCGGGUGCUACAGAAAAACCCAGAGUCACGAUGGGGAGCACAGCAACUACUAGCUCACCCAUUCUCAUAUGCUGGCCGGAACGGGCAAAGCCUCAAGGAGCUUAUUGCUGAGGCUAAAGCAGAGGUCACUGAGGUCAUAGAGGCCGAGUCUCUCUCCGAUCUACAUUCCUCCAUGGAUGAGCCGCCAGCCAACCCUGAGACACCAGAGAAGAAGGAUGCAGCAAAAGAUGAGCCCGAAAUCCCCCUGACUCCCUUAUGUGAAGAACCUCCUGAGAUCCCUCCCAAUGCCGAGCCAAACAGAGCCCCCAAAGUGGCACGUCGGGCGUCUACUGCCCUAGAUAAAGCUCAGAAGAAAGUCAGGCGUCUUUCUGUUCCGGGGAACCUCCUGUCUUUUUUGAGUCGCCGUAAAUCAGGAAUCUGGACUGAUGAUAUGAAACACCUGGGGAAUCAGGAGCAACAGGAAGUCAUUGCGAGUCUCAGCGAAGGGGAAUCAGAGACGAGCCCACAAGGGACAGCGGACAAAGUGAUGGAAAGUGAGGAGAAACCUGAAGAGGUAAAAGUUGAUUCUGAUCAGAGCUUGGAUAAACCUGAAGGAGAAACAGAGGAGAAACCAGGUUUGGAGAAUGACAUGGAGACCAAGGAUAUCGAUGCAAGCAGUCAAAAAGAUGAAGAAAUGCAACAGGAAGAGGAUUUAUCUAAACAGGAAACACUAAAGGAUACAGAGGUUAAGAACAGUCCAAACAGUGAUCAGUCUAAAGAUGAGCAAACGUUUUGGCGAUGCCUUAGUGGACCUGUGGAAAAAGAUGAUAAGCUUGGGGAAGCUGAUUUGCAAAAUGUUCUGAUCGACAGGUUGUGUUUGGAAACCUUGCAGCUGAACAGGAAACGGAAACUAAAGAGAGAUGUAUACACGAUUAUUUGGAUUUGGCUAGACAUGGGACAGCUUUAACGUUCAUCAUUUAUGGAAUCAAUUAAACAGCCAGUUGUGGAAGUGUGUUUUGUUGCCGCUGUGGAAAAAACUAGUGAGGAACGAACAGAGAUUUUAACACAGGUGGAACUGAUAGAGGUUGAAGAAGGACAUGUUGAUGCUAAUGAUGAGGAGGAACAAAAGAAUGCUGAGGAUGGAGAAAAAACCAAAGAGGACAUAGAUGUUAGGAAAGGAGACACAGGGAAGGAGCAACAUUCUGAGACUGCUGAAAAACCAGCACUAAUGGCUAAUUUAACCAGUGAUGAAACAGUACAAUUCAAAAAUCAGCAAGAAUCUGACCUGAAGGCAGAAACUAAGCAAGAGGAACCAUCUGGAGAUAAACCAAAUAAAGAAGAAACACUGGUAGAAAGGGAAUCUGGACAUGAGGCAAGUCCUGAGGAGAUCAAUAGUACAGAAAUUAGAGAUAAGAAUAACGUCAUGACAACUGACCAGUCAGAUGACCCUAAGAAUCUCAGACCUGAUUCUCAAAACAAUUCAAUUACAAAAGACAAAGCAGAAAUCUCAAAGCUUCAGACUGAACCUCCAGUGUGUAAUGACACACAUAAAGAAGACUUGAGCUCAGAAAAGAUUAACGAUUUAUCUUUAGCACAAAUGGACACCAAAACCACCAAGCAGGUUAGCUUUGCACUUGAGAAUGCCCAAGUGGAACUGACUGAAAAGCCACAUAGCAUCUUGAACGGCAACUCGAAUACUGAAGAACCUCACACAGAGACAAAUGGUUCACUACAUCAUAACAUGAACCAGUACAACGACGAGUCAGCGAAAACUGAAACGAAUUUACCUGUAGGCCGAAAAACAUUGAAAAAAACGCGGAAGUUCAUGGUGGACGGGCGCGAGGUGAGCGUUACCACAUCAAAAGUGAUCAGCGAGAGAAAUGAUAAAGAACAGCAGAUGCGCUCAGUCAGGCGUCAGGAGUUGCAUGCUCUGAAACUGCUACAGCGAGAAGAGCAGCGAGAGUUCGCACAGCUGGAACAAAAACUGCAGCAACAGAGAGAAAUGAUGUUCCGGCAUAUUGAACAGGAAAUGAGUAGUAAGAAGCACUACUAUGAUAGUGAACUGCAGCGUCUGGAAAAACAGUAUGAACAGCAGAGCCAGAAAAUGGAGGCCGAGCACACAUUACGUCUCAGAGAGGAAGCCCGGCGUCUCAAAUCUCAGCAAGAAAAAGAGCUGAGAGCCCAUAAAAUGGACCCAAAAGAGGAACAGCGUUUCCUGCAGAAGCAGCAGCAGGAGCUAAAUGAGGCACUACAGAAAGGUGUACAGGAACACAAGAGGAAAGUGGCGUCUAUGGAGUGGGACAUCACUGUCAAAUCUCAGCAACUCAAGAGAGCACGUGAGUCUGUCAUCUGGGAGCUGGAACAGCGCCACCUGCAGGAGAAAUACCAUUUAUUUAAGCAACAGGUAAAGGAGCAGUACUCUCUCCAGAGACAGCAGCUCAGUCGGAGACACAGCAAGGAUGUCGAACGCGUGUCCCGAUUUCAGCAGAGCCUGAUGGAUGAACAGAAGUCCUCUCAGGCUCAGGAAAGAGCUCAACUCCAAAGGGCCCAACGUGCCGAGGUCAAAAGUCACCUAAACCGGUUCAGACAAGAUCUGAGGAAGCAGGGGUUGAGCGGAGCUGAGCAGAGACAGAAACUCACCCAGUUUAUGUUGGAGGAGGAGAACAGGCAGAAGCAGGAGUUCAAGACCCUGCAGGAGACUCAGGAGAUCCAGUUAAAGGAAUUGCAAGAUCAGUGCGAUUUCAACAUCACAGAGCUCCAGCAGCUACAGAAUGAGAAACUGCAGGUUCUGGUGGAGAUGGAGAAGAAGAAAAUCAAGAGGUUGGAUGAUGAGCACACACUAGAACUGAAUGAAUGGAGAGAUAAACUAGCCUGCAGAAAAGAGGCCCUGGAAGAAGACCUGGCACGUAAAAAGAGAGAAUAUGAAGGAACAAGGAGACGAAGUGAACCAGAAACACGAUACGCUCGCCGCUCCAGAUUCUUCCCAAACAUCAGUUUUAACUGAACAGCUUACACUCAUUGUACAUGUGUUUAUAUGUUGAUGUUUAUAGUUGUUAAAUGCUGAACAUCUGGAAGUGCAGCUUCUUCUGAUAAGAACACAGAACUGCACUACUGACUCGAAAGCUAGUGUGAGGUGGGGGAUUGGGUGAGAUAUUACAUCAAAUAAUACAAGGUAGACAAGUGAGUGAGUAAGUCAUUCAGUCAUUCAGUCAGUCAGAAAGAAAGAAAGAAAGAAAGAAAGAAAGAAAGAAAGAAAGAAAGAAAGAAAGAAAGAAAGAAUUUUUGUUUCUAACCCAGAUAGAUAGAUAGACAGACAGACAGACAGACAGACAGAUAGACAGACAGACAAAUAUGCAUACAAACUAUGUAUAUGCAUACAAAGAAAGAAAAAAAAAAGAAACAUGCAAAUAAAACUAAUAGAGAAAGACAAAGCGAUAUACAGAGCCAACCAGACAGACAGACAGACAGAUAAAAAUAAUAAUUUUAGAGACUGACAAACAGAUAUGUAUAUAAAAUUGCAUUCUAUUAUCAUCUGCCUCUACUGUGAGCUCAGGUGCACCACUGAUUACUUUCCCUUAUAUAAUGUAAAUGUAGUAAAUAUAUACUGUAUGUGUAAAUAAUUGUGUGUGAUCCAAUGUAUGUAAAUAACCCACCUGUGUGCCUUUAGUUUUUUGUAUCUAGUUUGUGUUUAAUUACAUAUCCAUGUAGUAAUGCUGCACUGUGUAUAUAUACCAAAACUCUCUUGCUCAGUUUUAUAACAUGAAGUUAAAAUGACACAUUAAAACAACCACUUGUAGAUUGACAA